AGUAAACGAGAUCAACGAAUUUCAACUAAAUAUUUUCCGACUUACAAGUAUCCAGCUUUGCAUAAGAUGGCGUUUUCUUCUAGGUUUAUGUUCUGCGCCUCAAAAGCGUUUAGAAACCCAGUUAUAUGUUCUAACAUUGCAAAAAGAGCAAAUAAAGAUGCAUUCUUUGCAAGGCAAGCCCUGGGGAUUGCACUGCUUCAAAAGUAUAAACAAAUUCGUUUAUCAAGCACUGCUGUCUCAACACAAGAUAGUCCAACAACAACAAGGCUUAUGGAAUUUGGACAAUUUGUUUCUGACUCAAUGCCUAAGUUUGUUCAGAGCGCUGAAGUUACUGAAGGUGAUGAACUUCAGGUUCUUAUAUCUCCAGAUGGUAUAAUACCUAUUUUAACGUUUCUUCGCGAUCAUACUAAUGCACAGUUCAAACAGUUAAUGGAUAUAACAGCAGUUGAUUGGCCAUCAAAGCCAUAUCGGUUUGAGGUUGUUUACAACUUGCUAUCUGUACGUUAUAACACGCGAAUUCGAGUAAAAACAUACACAGAUGAACUUACACCACUGGAUUCUGCUUCUUCCUUAUUUCAUUCAGCAAAUUGGGCUGAAAGAGAGAUAUGGGACAUGUACGGUGUUUUUUUCUCUAACCAUCCAGAUCUACGAAGAAUACUAACUGAUUACGGGUUUGAAGGACAUCCAUUGAGAAAGGAUUUCCCUCUAUCGGGAUUUUACGAGAUUCGCUAUGAUUCCGAACUAAAACGAUUAGUACAAGAUCCUGUUGAGCUUGCACAGGAGUUUCGAAAGUUUGAGCUUCAAAGCCCUUGGGAGCAAUUUCCAAAACAUCGAAAAACGGUCGCGAAACUUGAAAGUGCAAAAAAGGAAUAACUUUUUAUAUCAAUGAAAUUUAGGACGGAAAUCUACUUAUUACUAAAUGUUUUUACGUUUUUGUAAAAA